AUGAAUAUAAAACAAUCGGAAAAUAUAUUGAAACUAGAAAAAAUAGGGAACAUAGAUGUCAAAGUCGCUCCACAUCGUACACUCAAUCAAUCCAGAGGCGUAAUAUCCGAAAGCGAAUUUCAAAAAGAUCUGGAAGAAGAUAUACUCGAAUGUCUGAAAAGCCAAAAAGUCAUAGCAGUCCGCCGAAUUACAAUCAAACGAAAUGGCCUGAACCUCCCAACAAAACAUCUCAUUCUUACAUUUGACACUCCUGUACUACCAAAAUCCGUUAAAAUAGCUUAUAUAAACUGCCCGGUUAAACACUUUAUACCUAAUCCACUGCGCUGCUUUAAAUGCCAAAAGUUUGGCCACACAAUAACAGCUUGUCGGGGAAAACAAAUUUGUGCUCGGUGCUCUAGUUCAGAUCACGAAAGCAACACCUGCAAUUCUACAGAAGCAAAAAGCUAUAACUGCGAUGGUGAUCAUCCAUCGUAUUCCAGAUCAUGCCCACAUUAUAAAUUGGAAAAGGAAAUCCUGACGGUUAAAAUAACAAAAAAUCUCUCUUUCCCAGAUGCUCGAAAAAUAGUUGCCGACAGAACACCAAAACCAAACCUCUCUUAUGCAUCUGCACUAAAUCCAUCAGUCUCCCCAUCACAACAAACAACUUCUGCCACAAAUAAUCUUACAUCAACUACAACAGCAAAUACUCCGGUUAACAAUGAAUUAAUAACAAUUAAAAAAAGUGACUGGCUAGAACUUCUUGCAAUUAAAAAGUCUUGGGAGAAUGCUUCAUCGUCCCCCGCCGUAUCACAUGCAACUACCAAUUCAACUCCAGUACUAGAAAUUCAACCAAACCCACCUUUUCCCACUAUUAGCAAUGAUGAACAAGCAAAUGCAUCUGCAAUUCCUACAAAUAAUUUAUUAGACAUAAAGACGGCAUCAAAUAAGUCUCCAAGUAAUCCGAAUAUAUCCUUAUCAACAAAGAACAAUUCAUUCCCUGUAAAGACAAAUUCAAAAAGUGCUCGGGAAAAUAAAAAAAUGAUGAAGAAGUCAAAUGAUAAAGAGAAAGUGAAGGAAUCGAAAUCGAGCAAACGUGUUCGCCUACUAGCCAAUAAAAGAGAUCAAAAUAUUUUAAAUACUUCUGCAAAUCGGUCACCUACCCGACAAGACUUUUUAAAAGAUUCUGGAAAGAAAAAUCUUAAUGAUGAUGGUGAAGAUAGUGAUUCACUUUUUAAAGUUCAUCCAUCUGAAGAUGAAAUGUCCACCAGUGAGGCUGGUGACUUCUAG